CACGUUUUGUUUUCGAGCUCACAAAUACACCACAACUAGAGCAACAGAAUCUUACCUAAGUAGUCUCUAGAGAUGGCGACGGCCAAGAUCGGCGGCCGGCCAGAAAUGGUCAGCUUCACUCUCCAAAUCCUAAACGGCCGGUGGUUUAUGGUGUUUGCCUCCUUCCUCAUCAUGUCCGCCGCCGGCGCCACCUACAUGUUCGGUCUCUACUCCAAAGAGAUCAAACAAUCCUUAGGAUACGACCAAAGCACCCUCAACCUGCUCUCCUUUUUCAAAGACCUUGGAGCCAACGUCGGCGUACUUGCCGGCCUUAUUGCUGAGGUUACACCGCCAUGGUUUGUCCUCUCCGUCGGAUCAGUACUCAAUUUUUUUGGGUAUUUCAUGAUUUGGUUAGGUGUCACCCAAAGAAUUUCCAAACCAACUGUUUGGCAAAUGUGUUUGUAUAUUUGUAUAGGUGCGAAUUCACAAUCGUUUGCCAAUACCGGAGCAUUAGUAACAUGUGUAAAAAACUUCCCAGAGAGCCGAGGGGUGGUGCUUGGGCUUCUCAAGGGAUACGUCGGCCUCAGUGGAGCCAUUAUCACUCAAAUUUACGAUGCUAUCUAUGGUGAUGACAAAAGAUCUCUCAUUUUGCUCAUAGCAUGGCUCCCGGCUGUUAUUUCUGUUGUAUUUGUACGUACAAUCCGAAUCAUGAAGGUGGUUCGACAAUCGGACGAGAUCAAAGUUUUCUACGAUCUUCUAUAUAUAUCUCUUGGCCUCGCCGGAUUUUUAAUGAUAAUCAUUAUAGUGGAAAACCGCGUCCAAUUUCCUCGGUCAGAUUAUUAUGGUAGCGCCACCGUAGUUGUUUUCCUCCUCUUUCUGCCACUGGCGGUUGUUGUAAGAGAAGAAUAUAAGACCUGGAAAAACAAGAGAGCAUCGUUAAAUGAUCCGUCUCCAAUAAAAGUCGUUACAGAUCAUAUUCCACCAUCUACCACCAUCGUACUACCACCACCGCCGCCGCCACCUCAGAAGCAAAAAGAAGAAACAACAUGCUUCCAGAAUGUAUUCCGACCACCUGACAGAGGAGAGGACUACACGAUUCUCCAAGCACUCUUCUCCAUUGACAUGUUGAUCCUAUUUUUAGCGACGAUUUGUGGCGUUGGUGGCACUUUAACCGCCAUCGACAACUUAGGACAAAUCGGGGAAUCUCUCCACUACCCAACUCGAAGCAUUAGCACCUUCGUUUCACUCGUAAGCAUAUGGAAUUACCUCGGUAGAGUAGUUGCCGGAUUUGCAUCCGAAAUCCUUCUAAAAAAGUACAACUUCCCUCGACCUUUGAUGCUAACACUAACCCUGGUCUUAUCUUGUAUUGGCCACCUUCUAAUCGCAUUCGGAGUCCCGAAUUCACUGUAUUUUGCGUCAGUGAUAAUUGGAUUUUGCUUUGGAGCACAGUGGCCGUUGCUUUUUGCGAUCAUAUCAGAGAUUUUUGGACUGAAAUACUACUCAACAUUGUACAAUUUCGGAUCAGUGGCGAGCCCAAUCGGGUCGUAUUUGCUGAACGUGAAGGUAGCCGGAAACUUGUAUGACAGGGAGGCGGAGAGGCAGAUGAGAGCCUUGGGGUUGAUCAGAAAGCAGGGUGAGGAUCUAACUUGUGUUGGGGUUGGGUGUUUUAAGACGGCGUUUCUGAUCGUAACUGGGGCUACUGUGUUUGGUGCAUUAAUUUCGCUUAUUUUGGUGGCUAGGACUAGAAAAUUUUAUGCCAGUGAUAUUUAUAAGAAGUUCAGAGAGGAGGCUGCGAGGGCGGAGACGGAGAUGGCGGUGGCCGGAGAAGGUGGAACUCUAGGAAAAUGAUCAUGUUUGACAUGUAUGUAACUUUGUAUACGUAGUGAUACACAUGUGUAGUUAUACACCAUUAAAGAAUGUUAUUUUAAACCAUUCGAGGAAAAAGAACAUUUAUGAUCAAUCACGCUAAGCAAAUUGUUUGUUUU